GCAGCUGAUAUUUUGUAAUUGUCGGGAUUUUUAUUAGUGGCUGAUUUCCUUUUUUUUGUAAAUUUUUAAAUAAAUUCGCUACAAAAAUGAUGCGAUAUGAGGAAAAUGAGAAAUUGGCAGACACGUCGGCUUGUGCAGGUGUAAGAGCAGACUUGAAAAUGUGUCUUUUGGAAAGCGAUUGUUGCAAAAAGGAUAAACGAACACCACGUGAAUGCCUGCAAACUAAUCUGGUUCCUGAAGAAUGUCAAGUACUGCGAAAUACAUUUUUCGAAUGCAAGAGAUCUUUGCUCGACAAUCGAAUGCGUUUUAGAGGACAUAAAGGCUAUUAAGUUCGUGCCUGGUGCAGAGUUAUUCAUCUAGUUAUUAUGUACAAAAUAAAAUUGUUUUUAUGAUUAAAAAUGUA